GUGUCUUUAAGAAAGUCACGUGACAUCAAACAAGGAAACAGUCGGAAGCAGGAAGUUCGUCUACGAAGAAAGAGCUGUGCUAAUAAACAAUACACAAAGGAGCUAAACUCUUCAGGAAAAACGCAAUGGCUGGUAUAAAAGCACUUGUUGGAUUGUCCUUCAGUGGUGCUAUAGGAUUGACAUUUCUUCUGUUGGGAUGUGGACUGGAGCAAUACGGGGUGUACUGGCCUCUUUUUGUUCUGAUUUUCUAUGUCCUGAGCCCCAUCCCGACCUUCAUCGCAAGACGUGUCAGUGAUGAUGACUCCUCUAGUAAUGCCUGCAGAGAGCUGGCUUAUUUCAUAACCACUGGCAUUGUUGUAUCAGCUUUUGGGCUUCCUAUUAUACUUGCCCGCACCAGCACUAUUCAAUGGGGUGCUUGCGGACUGGUGAUGACUGGAAACGCCGUAAUUUUCCUCACCAUUCUUGGAUUUUUCAUUGUGUUUGGAGGUGGCGAUGAUUUUAGCUGGGAGCAGUGGUAGAGACCAGUAAACACACAACAAUAAAAAAAAAAGUAUGUGUAGGUGGAUGGUUGAAUGGACAGAGUGCAGAAUAACAGGCUACUGUGUUCUGCACUGUGCAUGGGUUUGCUCAAGUGCCUUAUGUCUGAAAGCAUAUACAAACACUAAAUUGUAUACUUUUCUAUUGUAAAUACGCUGCUUUAUUUUAUACAUAUAUGCAGCAUUUCCAGGCACAUGUUGGUAAACAGAUCUGUCUCGCUUUAGUCUAAUACUGUAACUCCAAAUGGCCCUGAAAGGCAGUUGUAUGCCUACAAACGUAAAAUAUGGGCUUUUUUAUCUUUAUUGUCGGAGGAUUAUAUAUUUAAGAUGAACAUUCUGUUAAGUAGUUUUUUCCAGCUUGAAAUUGUCCCAAUAGAUGUGCUAGUACACACAGUGCCUUUACAGACUUUCCAUUAUUCUAAAUCUUUGUCAGGAAAGGGAUACUCACUGAAUAUCAUUUUGAUGCAGCCACAUUCUAUGAGCACUCAAUGUUUAGACUGAGAUGUCUCUUCUGCAGUUUUCUUGUUUUUGGAUGAGGCAAGAUACCACAUAUUUAUCGAUGCUAUACAAUACACAGACAAUUAUAAACUCUUUAUUUAUCUGUACAUACUUUCCACCGCUGGUGCAAUGUUUACAUUUUCACCAAAGAUGACUGAUCCACUGAAGUGUAGGUUAUGUGCUACAUUGCACUGUGAUCCUGUAUAACUUCCAGGACUUUCAAAACAUUUAUUUUUUGAAUGUCAUUAGAAAAUGUAUU